AUGUUGGAUCGACUUGAUUUUCAAGAAUUCUACAGUCCCGACACGUCGGAGCGGAAUGGCUUUUGCCGCAGACUUGUAUCAAGCCUCAAGCAAAAGGGAUUUGUCCGCCUAGUUAACCAUGGCGUUCCUCCACAAGACAUCGACAAGGCUUUCCUUGAGGUUCGUUUCUCUUUCUCAAACAUGGGUUCUGGAUAUGGUGUCCAAACUGAUCUUGUUGUCGUUGAGCAGACACAACAAUUCUUCCAGUUGCCGCUGGAGGAGAAACUGAAAUCUCCUCACCCACCCACACCAAACCCGCACAGAGGAUACAGCGCUUUCGGGGUCGAGGUCGUAGCCACACAUUCCAACUUUGAAUCAAAAACACCCAUGCCACUCCUCAAAGAUAUGAAAGAGUCGUAUGAUAUUGGAUCUGAGCGAGAUGAGUUAUACAGCAAUAUUUGGCCGCCUCCCGGGGUCCAAGACAGCUUUCAACCUUUCUUCAUGUCAUUCUUCUCCGCUUGCUAUCAAGCCGAAUGCGCCAUCCUCGAGGCUCUUUCCAUCGGCCUUGGACUGCCUCCGCAGACUCUGAGCGAGCGCCAUGCCAACCAGUCCAAUGAAUUGCGCCUAACUCACUAUCCCGCGGUCUCAAGGUCCGAAUUCGCGAGCUCAACGCGUAUCGCGACUCAUACAGACUUCGGCACCAUUACCCUAUUGUUCCAAGACUCCGUUGGAGGUCUCCAAGUCGAGUUUCCGUUCGGUAGUGGGAAUUUUCUUGAUGUCGAAAGUGGAGGACGUCAUGAGUGUAUCAUCAAUGCAGGAGACUGUCUGCAGAAGUGGACAGGACUACACAGCACAAGGCAUCGAGUGCACCUACCGAAACCUCCGGAGGAAACUGGUACCAAUGGUGUCGGAGAUGGCAACGACCACCUUGUAGAGGCGCGCUACUCCAUUGCCUACUUUGCCAAGCCUGAUAGGUCGGUCAUCCUGCGACCAUUGCUGGGCGAAAAGGCACAUGAUGACGAGCAGUACAUGACGGCGGGCGAGUUUCAGCAAAUGAGAAUUAGCGGCACAUAUGCAAGUGGUUGA